GUGUCUAAACAUUAAUUAUUGUUAUUAGCAUAUUUUAUUUCUUGCACCAUUUAAUUUUAUUAGGACUCGUUUUAAAAUCUAAAUUUUAGUCUAGCCCUGGAUGUUUUUUUUGCCUGGAAUUGCCCAGGAACUUAGUGGAAUUAACCAAAUGAUAAAAUCUCAAAUAUAUUACGUGUUAAUUUUUAACACAGCUGCGUGUCUAGUUACGGACAACACAUUUUUUCUUGCUUUCAACACCUUUAACACAUAUUGGAGUUGUUGCAUCUUCGUACAAAUCUCUCUGCCAUCUGGGAAGACAAGAGUCCCACUCCCUUCCAUUUGAAAAGCUGUAAAAGAGCAAAAACUGUUUGUUAGUUGUUUGGUACAAAAUAUGGACAAAUGCCUUUGGGCUUUAACUGAGAAGUUGUGUACAGAAUCCCAAAUUGUGUAAUUUUGCAGAUGUGACCUCUGCUCUCCUAAUGAACAAAAUGGUGCUGUAGACUCACCAGGAAAAUCAAGCUAACUUGCGAAUAUUUAUUUUCCUGCCUUUAGCACCUCAACACAAUUUUUUUUUUUUUUUUUUUUUUUUUUGCACAACCUAAUUAAGUCAUCCUACAUUACAGAGAUAGUGUAAAACAUUACAACCAAAACCCCAUCCACUCUUUUUGUCACGUUAACCUUGUGAAGAACUUUUGGCCUCGACAUUACUGAGCUAACUAAUGACACUAGAAGUGUAACGCCAACACUGAGGAAGCAGUACGAUAUUCACUUUUGAAGCAGUCGCAAUAAGAAAAGUUAAUUAUCACUUGCUGUGUUACUGUAGAGCUCCCUGCUUAAAUAUCACAAACUCGGCCAGGCAUUUUCAACGGCAUUAACACUAUAUAGUGAUGAACGCUAACUUACCUGUGGUCAUUUCGUUUCCUCGCCUCGGGACUCUGACUCUUUUUUUUUUAAACACAUUUAUUAGAUAAUUGGAAAACAUGUUGAAAUAGUAAUAACUAAAAAAGUGCAUAGGAUAUUAACACAUCCUUUCUGAGUGUGCACCCUUCCUUGCCCAUGACACCCCCCGUCAUUGCCGUCAUCGACUGAAGAUGUCAGCUUCCGAAAGUGAGCACACAGAACAAGUAAAGAAGUACAAGACCUGGCUGCUUUCUCCUAUACUGUUGGGAUGUUUUGUGCUUGUGGCAGCUUUUGGGAUUCACUCCACUCAAAAUGCCAUUUUCCAAUACAUUUUGAAGCAACAGAGCAGCUCUUCAAGUGAGCAAGUAACAGAAUUCAACAAUGACCUUCGGAUCUUGCUGAUUGGAAAGACCGGUGUUGGCAAGAGCGCAACAGGAAACACCAUCCUCGGAAAAAAGGCUUUUGAAUCUGAGACCUCAUCUUCAUCUGUAACCUCAAUGUGCGAGAAAGUCCAUGAAAGUAUAUAUGGUAGAAAAGUGUCUGUUAUUGACUCUCCAGGACUGUUUGACACUCAGUUAUCUGAAGACGAGGUGGUCAGUCGGAUUAAGCUGUGCAUUCCAUUCUCUGCCCCAGGACCUCAUGUCUUUUUAGUUGUGAUUCAAAUAGGUAGAUUUACAGAUGAAGAAGAAAAAACAGUUAAGCUUUUUCAAGCAAUUUUUGGGGAAAAGUCUUCCAGUUACACCAUGGCUCUCUUCACUCAUGGAGAUCGACUAAAGGGGAAAAAUAUUCAUCAGUUUGUACGCAACAAUUCAGAUCUUUUGAGUUUCAUCAAGAAAUGCAAAGGUGGAUACCAUGUGUUCAAUAAUGAAGAUCAGAAUCCAGAACAAGUCAUCCAGCUCCUGGACCAGAUUGAUAAAAUGGUCACUGUAAAUGGUGGAGAUUAUUACACUACAGAGAUGCUUCAGGAGGCAGAGAGAGUGAUAGAAGCAGAGAAACAGCGGAUCCUGAAGGAGAAUGAAGCACAGAGACUGAAGGAGAUAGAAGACCUGAGGGCGAAGUUUGAAGGAGAAGCCUUUGAGAGAGAAAGAAAGAAUGUUCUGGUGGCAUAUGAGACAAAGGCCCGAUGGUAUGCUGAAAGAAAAAUCUCACUGUUUGAAAGGAUACUCAAUUAUCUAAAGGCAGCUUACAGAAAGAUUCGUAACCUGUUUUAAACAACAUGACCAGAUUUGCUUUUAAAGUAAUAAUAUAGUCUCAGAUCUACUUUGACUGUGUUACUUUUUUGUAAUGAUACUAAAAAUGAUGUGUGACAGCGAGGCCACAGAUUAUUGUAUUUUCAAUUAAACAAAAUUAUUCUUCUAGAUUUAGUGUUAUUAAAAUCCACAAUUAAAUGGAUUACUUCCAAGUAUUCCAUGGUGACGGAAUUAUUUUCAGGAAAUUGGACUAGUGAUUAUAAGCAAUUUUUUAAAGCAAUCUAUAAGCCAGCAUGGGCAGCCAUAACAGGAAUGAAUAGCAGUGAUGCAGGCUGAAACAUUAACUAUAAUACUGAUUUGUUGAUAUGAACUUUUCUCUGUCUUUUCCUCGUAUUGAUAAUGUUGUAAAAACAGUAUCUUCUGGUUGACUUUAAUUCAUAAUAAAGACUUUUAAGGGACUUGAUGAAAAUGAUUAUAAAAGGCUGAUUGUAUUUUGAAUGUCUAUAAACUCCUUCAGCAGGACAAAACAGUGUCAUUCAGCUUUUAUGUGAAAUCAUCUAUUGUGUAUUUCUUUUUUUUCCUUUUCUUUAACUAUUGUGACCUUUAACUAAAACUAACCUAACUAAGGUUCCUUUAUCUUUCCACUCAUGUAGACAGUUGUGUGUGAGUUCCUUCUCAAACGCAAGCUGAAUGAGCUGGGCCUUACAUGUGUGGCGCAUAGAACAUCUGUGGUCUGUGAAUACAUUCCUCCAAACUGGAAAUGAAUUUUCACACAUUGUGGUUGAAGCGCCAAGUGUUAAUCUGGUCUUCAAAGCCAUCAGUACACUUGGCAUUGCUUCUAAUGUUUUGUGGUACUUUGAAAAGAGUUUUUCAUUUCAGUGUUCAUUUAAUGUUUACCUCCUUUUUUAAUUUGUGUAGAAAUCAACUGUUUAGCAACAAUACACUCCGUCUCAACAAUGAUUGAUUUGGUUAAUGACAUGAUGUGCUGGAGUAACUUCAGAUUCAAAAACUGAUCACUCACCAAAGCAACAGCUGAUUCCUCCAAGAAGUUUGUCAAGUGCACUGUAUUAAGAAGAAUAAUGACUGACAUAAGAACUUGCUGGCCCAAAUUUAUUGGUAUUGGUAUUACAGCUUACGGUAAUAAUGCUAGACUAAGUGGGCAUGUUCCUUCAUCCUUUUCUGAGGAUGGAGGAUAUUGUUUACAGGACACAGGAUGACUAUACUUCACUUUAGCUUAAUACAGUGUAUAUGUUACUUGCCGUGCUUCA